AUUUUUUUUUUUGGUGCAUGUGAAGUGAUCCCCACCUCUUUCUAGCUAUGACCACUUGAUGAGGCUUUUCUUUUUGUUGGUUUCUUUGAUUCCCAUCUCAUCUAUGACUUUCAAACUAAGGUACUCUUUUUUUUUUACCUGUUCUUUUUCUUUGACAUUUAUUUUUAAUCGUGAAAGUGAGUGUUCUGAUUCACCAGCACAAAAAUAAAAGUGAUUUUUAUACUACUGCUACUACUAUUGCCAUUAUAACUACCUCUACUACUAGCAUAGUGGUAGUAGUGUACCAGUACUACUACUCCAUCAACCAUGUGUUCUACACUUCAUAACAAUGAAUUUUAGUCGUUUAUUCUCUUCAUUCACUAUCAUCUUUUCAAGCUUUCCCAUUUCUAUAAAGGGUCUUUUCUCUAGAUAAAAAUGUUGGUUUUGGAAUAGUGGUUUUUUUAUUUUGGUUGGUGCUUGAAGCUGGAGUGGUGUUGAGUCGAACUCAUCUAGGAUAAUAUAUCUUGAGAUUCUCUGAGGGGAAGUUUUCCAAGGAAAGAAUCUGAUUUGGGUUCUGGGAAAUGAAGAGGUAGGAUAUGAUAGCACAGCAAGUUAUUGACACCUGUCCUUGUUGAGAGAGAGAGAGAGAGAGAGAGAGAGAGAGAGAGAGAGAGAGUUUUAAAAGAUUUUCAACUUAAAAAUUCAUGCUUGAAUAUGGCUACUGGGUUUCAAAACGAGGAGGGGUUGUCACAGCAAAAUAACUUCAAGAAACAGCUUGCUCUUGCUGUGAGAAGUAUUCAGUGGAGUUAUGCUAUCUUCUGGUCCAUUUCAUCCACACAACCAGGAGUGUUGGAGUGGGGUGAUGGCUAUUACAAUGGAGAUAUUAAGACUAGAAAAACAGUACAAGCCAUGGAACUUAAUGCUGAUCAAAUGGGUUUUCAAAGAAGUGAGCAAUUGAGAGAGCUUUAUGAGUCACUCUCUGCAGGUGAAACCAGUCCACAAGCCAAAAGGCCCUCUGCAGCAUUAUCUCCUGAAGACUUAUCUGAAGCUGAGUGGUACUACCUGGUCUGCAUGUCAUUUGUCUUCAAUAUUGGCCAAGGGUUGCCAGGAAGAACUUUAGCAAAUGGUCAACCUGUUUGGCUAUACAAUGCUCACUAUGCUGAAAGCAAAGUAUUUGGCCGCUCUCUUCUUGCGAAGAGCGCAUCGAUUCAGACUGUGGUUUGCUUUCCACUCACAGGUGGCGUGAUCGAGCUGGGAACAACUGAUCUGGUUCUGGAGGACCAUGCUCUCAUUCAGCGUGUCAAAAUGUCAAUUUCUGCCACUCCAUACCCUUUAGCUUCUUCUAAGAGGUCAAACUGUAGAGCUGGAAGCAUAAGAAAUGGCCAAGGUUUUGCAUGUGCCAUGGUUGAUUAUGAUUUUCUCAACAACAACUCAAUCCCAGUUGUAAUUCAUAGAGAGGAAAAUUUGUCUUCUCCUAGUAGCAGCUCAAAUGGGUUGGAACCAAAUCAACCAGGUGAUGAUUCUUUGAUUGUGGAAGGAAUAAAUGGGGCUGCUUCCCAAGUGCAAAGCUGGCAAAUCAUGGAUGAUGAGUUAAGUAAUUGUGUACUUCAUUCAUUGGACUCAAGUGAUUGUAUAUCUCAGACUCUAGUAAAUCAUGAAAGAGUUGAACCAGAAAAAGCCCUGUAUGAAUUGAUAGAUGAUCAUCAAUUACAAGACCUUCAAGACUGCAAUCACAUGAAAAUGACCCCAGUGGAUCUGCGAACCAAAGAUUUACACUAUCAGGGUGUUCUUUCAACCCUCUUAAAGAGCUCACACCAAUUGAUUUUAGGGACUCACAAUAAGAAAUUUCAUCAGGAAUCAAGCUUUGUCAGUUGGAAGAAGGAAAUGUUAUUGAAACUUUUUAAACCAAGAGGAGGAACACCGCAGAACUUAGUAAAGAAGAUCCUAUUUGAAGUUCCUCGGAUGCAUCUUAACCGCGUAGUUGAUUCCCAAGAAGAUAAUAGCAUUGGAAGUGGGGUUUGGAGACCUGAGGCUGAUGAGAUUGGCAUGAACCAUGCAAUAGCAGAACGAAAGCGAAGAGAAAGAUUAAAUGAAAAGUUUUCAAUUCUAAAGGGAAUGGUCCCUUCACUAAGCAAGGAGGACAAAGUGUCUAUACUUGAUGAUGCUAUACAAUACUUGAAAGAGCUUGAAAAAAGGGUUGAGGAGUUGGAAUCUAGCAAGGAUUCAACUGAUAUAGAGCCAAGAACAACAAAGAGAAAACCCCAUGAUGCCAGAGAGGGAACAUCUGACAACUACAGACAAAAGAAGAUUAGUAGUGGGAAGAAACAGUUAAUGAACAAAAGGAAGGCUUGUGACAUAGGUGAAGUUGAGCCAGAGAAAAAUCAUGAUGUUUCAAAGGAAUGUUCAGUUGAUAAUGUAGCUGUCAAUAUGAAGAAUAAAGAUGUCAUAAUUGAGAUAAGAUGUCCUUGGAGGGAGGGGGUGUUGCUAGAAAUCAUGGAUGCCUUGAGCAAUCUCAAAUUAGAUUCUCACUCAGUUCAAUCAACCACUAUGGAUGGUGUCAUUUCCUUGACUAUCAAAUCCAUGAUCAAGGGAUCAAGUUCUUCAACGGCAGCAAAAAUCAAGAAAGCAAUUCAGAAAAUUACUUUGACAUGUUAAAGCUUAAGAGUGAGAAGAUAUGAUCUCAUUUUAAGAACCCAUUUGCCUCUUUUGAUGUGCCAUUGUGCCAUGGAAUAAACUUGUUUCAAGUCAUUUAAUGUUAUUUGGGUUUUAACUAA